UUCGGCUCGAGCUUGCACCUGACAGUUUGACGCUGCCCUUCCUCGCGCAAUGUCGGAAGUGGUGCCUCGGAAGCAGGAGAAGGACUACUCCAAGGAGGUCGAUGAUUUGUUACCAGUAGCGGAGAGUCUGGCGAGCGAUGGCAAGCUACAGGAAGCCAUCGACAAGCUGCUCGCGCUCGAGAAAGGCACUCGCAAUGCGUCCGAUCAACCAUCGACGAGCAGGCUGCUCAUGACCCUCGUCACGCUGCCCUACAAGCACAAGAACCUCGAACUCGCUUUCGCCAACAUAUCCGUCCUGUCAAAGAAGCACGGCCAGAUCAGACAGUCUGUCACGAUGAUGGUCGAUGCCACACUUCCCUGGCUCGACGAGCUUCCCGAGGGGGAGAUGAUCAAGCUCAUCGAGGUCCUCCGAGAAGUGACAGAGGGCAAGAUCUACCUUGAAGUACAGCGAGCUCGUGUCACCCGACGAUUGUCCAAGAUCAGGGAGCAAGAGGGCAAGAUCGACUCAGCGACAGAGCUCCUUGUUGAGUUACAAGUCGAGACCUUUGGUAGCAUGAGCAGGCGAGAGAAGAUCGACUUCAUCCUCGAACAAAUGCGCUUGCUUCAUCUCAAGCAAGACUGGGAUCAGAUGGCAAUCACUUCUAAAAAGGUCAACGUCAAGUGGAUCGAGGACAAAGACAACGAAGAUCUCAAAUUGAGAUACUAUGCUCUCGUCAUCAUACUAGCGCUCCACGGUGAUAAAUAUCUCGAUCUCUGCAAGCACUACCGACAGAUCUACGAUACACCGUCAGUCAUCGAGGAUGAAACAAAGUGGCAAGCAGCUUUGCGCAAUGUCGUCUACUUCAUCGUCCUCGCGCCUUACGAUAACGAACAAUCGGACCUUUUAGCGCGAAUCAGUCAGGACAGCAAGCUGCAGAGUAUCCCAGAAUGCUAUAACCUUGCCAAAUGCUUCACAUCACCCGAACUCAUGCGAUGGCCGGGAAUACAAGAGCUCUACGGACCUCAACUGAGACAGACCAAGGUCUUUGGACCGAACGGCGUCAAAGGCGUCACCAAUGACAUUGACGAGACUAUCGAUGCGGGUCAGGGCGACAAGCGUUGGGAAGCGCUCCAUAACCGCGUCAUCGAACAUAAUAUCCGAACGAUCGCCAAGUACUAUACUCGCAUUACGAUCGCUCGACUGGCAGAACUGCUCGAUCUAGACACCAGUAAUGCAGAGACGAUGCUGUCCAAGCUGGUCGUUUCCAAGAUGGUGUAUGCCAAAAUCGAUAGGCCACAAGGCACCGUCAAUUUCGUCGAGAAGAAGUCGACAGAUAGCAUCCUCAAUGACUGGUCGAGCGAUAUCAGCAAACUCAUGGGCCUGAUCGACAAGUCAACCCACCUGAUCGCAAAGGAGCAUGCCGUCUUCUCUGCCCAGGCCGCUCAAGCUUCGAAAGCAUAAUUGUGUUGUAACUCGAAGAGGCAGGCGUAAAUGACACGGACG